CCGGGACGGUGUCUUAGAGGCCUUCAGAAUGGUCCAGCGUUUGACAUACCGUCGUAGGCUCUCCUACAAUACAGCCUCCAACAAAACUAGGCUGUCCCGAACCCCGGGGAAUAGGAUUGUUUACCUUUAUACCAAAAAGGUUGGGAAGGCGCCCAAGUCCGCAUGUGGUGUGUGCCCUGGCCGACUUCGAGGAGUUCGCGCUGUGAGACCUAAAGUUCUGAAAAGACUAUCGAAAACAAAGAAACAUGUCAGCCGGGCCUAUGGUGGCUCCAUGUGCGCUAAGUGCGUCCGAGACAGGAUUAAGCGUGCUUUCCUUAUUGAGGAACAGAAAAUCGUUGUGAAAGUGUUGAAGGCACAAGCACAGAGUCAGAAAGCAAAAUAAAAAAAUGGACCAUUUUUGAAGAAUAAAAUUAAAGGCUUUAAAAAAAAAAUAAAUAAAAUAAAAAAA